AGAGUUCUUAGAAUUUAUGAUUGAAACUCGUGAGGAAGACUGCACUCCAGAAGUUCACAACACUUUACUCGAACUUUAUUUGCAAUCCUAUAAGAAUGAGAUUAAAGAAGAUGGUUUGGCAACAAAAGAGUCACAAAUUAUGAAGUUAUUGCAGAGCGGAAAGGCUAAGUACGAAGUGGAACAGGCAAUGGUUUUGUGUCAAAUGAGUCACUUUGAUGCGGGACUCCUAUACCUGUACGAAAAGGCCAAGAUGUUCAAACAGAUUCUCAACAACUUUAUCGCCACAAAUAAUUCCACAAAAGUCUUGGAAACGUGUCAGAAGUACGGCGAUCAAGAGCCUAACCUCUGGGUGGACGCGCUCUGGUAUUUUUCCAACACCGAUGAUAACGAUAAAACCAUUCAAGUCUUAAACGAGAUUGAAAGGAAGCGAUUACUUCAGCCCAUUAUGAUUAUUGAGAUUUUGUCGCGCAGUGAAUGCGCGACACUCGCUGUG